AUGCCACCUCAUAUGCACCCCCGGAGCCGACUGACAUCCUCCCUCUUCGCAACCACGCUCUUUGCGAGUUUCUUCGUCGUCGCAUUACCACAUAUUUUACCAUGUCCCGCGCCAAGAGUCGCAUACGCAGACGGAGAGAUGUCCAAUGGUGCCCCAAGACGGAGGAGGCGGAGGAAAUGUGAGGGAGAAAAGACAGAAGAUACGAAGGACAGUCUGAUAGAGGGGCGCGAGGAAAGUGGCAAUGGCUGUGAGGAUGAAGGAUCUCGGAUCCGAACCAACAAUUCAAAGAGGGAAUGUCCAGUUCCAAAGCCGGGGGGCUUAGUGGGGGAAAUAUUGGGGUUCAAGCCCUCUAAGAACGAAAAGGAGGGGCCAUCACGUCCGCCAUGA